CCUGUUUUGCAACCUUCCACUACUCUUUCCAAUAACAUUCUACUCUCAAACAUGUAUUUUUCAUGCACAAAAUUCUCCCUCCAACGUUUCUACCAUGACGAGUACGGAAUGGGAGAUGGUAGCUAUAGCUUCUCCAGCGAUCUUUUACCACCCCUUGGAAGCCAGAACACCCGUUCCCCUCACCUUAGAAAACUCACCGUUUCUCCUUUCCAUCCUUUCUAUAGGGCUUGGGAGUUUUUUCUGAUUAUUUUCGUUAUAUACUCCGCCUGGAUCUGCCCGUUCGAGUUUGCAUUUCUAUCGUGCAAGCCAAACACAGUAUUCAUCAUCGACAAUGUCAUCGAUGCCUUCUUCGCCAUUGAUAUCAUUCUCACUUUUUUUGUCGCAUACGUCGACCAUCGAUCCUUUCUUUUGAUAGAUGAACCCAAGAAAAUCGCAAUCAGGUACAUAUCCACCUGGUUUGUAUUUGACGUCUGUUCGACUGCGCCUUUCCAACCUCUCAGCCUUCUCUUUACAAAACAUAGCAGCGGUCUGGGAUUUAAAGUUCUUAACAUGCUCCGACUAUGGCGUCUCCGGCGAGUUAGCUCUCUAUUCGCAAGACUCGAGAAGGAUAUCCGAUUCAACUAUUUCUGGACCCGCUGCACAAAGCUGUUCUCAGUAACGCUGUUUGCAGUGCAUUGCGCUGGAUGCUUUCACUAUCUGAUCGCGGACAGAUACCCAGAUCCCAGCCGUACGUGGAUCGGUGCGGUGAUGCCGAAUUUCAAAGAAGAGAGCCUCUGGAACAGAUAUGUAACUUCAAUGUACUGGUCUAUUACAACACUAACGACGACCGGGUAUGGGGAUUUGCAUGCGCAGAAUCCGAGAGAGAUGCUCUUUGAUAUUUUCUACAUGUUUUUCAACUUGGGUUUAACGGCCUACCUCAUUGGAAACAUGACGAAUCUCGUCGUCACUGGCACCAGCCGCACCAGAAACUUUAGGGAUACAGUUCGAGCUGCUUCUGAAUUUGCCGCCCGAAACCAGCUGCCUCCAAGCAUAAAGCAUCAGAUGCUAUCACACAUCUGUCUCAGGUACAAGACAGAAGGAUUGAAACUACACGAGACCUUGAAUGGUCUACCAAAGGCCAUCCGUUCAACCAUAUCUCACUAUCUCUUCUUCCCAGUCGUCCAGAAAGUCCAUCUAUUUCAUGGGGUCUCAUAUGAUUUCCUUUUCCAACUGGUUUCAGAAAUGCAAGCUGAGUAUUUUCCACCAAAGGAAGAUGUGAUACUGCAGAAUGAGGCUCCAACGGAUAUUUAUAUAUUGGUGUCCGGAUCAGUGGAUCUGAUAUCAUAUAAAGAUGGGAGUGAUCAGGUUCAAGGAAAAGCGGUUGCUGGGGAAGUUUUUGGGGAGAUAGGGGUUGUGCAUCAUAGGCCACAGCCAUUCACUGUAAGAACAUGUGAACUUUGUCAAAUCCUACGGCUGAAGGGGACACCUCUCAUGAACAUCAUUCAGGCAAAUCUGGAAGAUGGAAGCAUUGUCAUGAGCAAUCUUUUGCAGCAACUGAAGGGACUUGAAAGUGUAGGAUUUGGAGAUCCGAAUGCAGAUCCGAAGGCGCUACUCGAAGAAUUUAUUGAUGGAGGGGUAAAUAUGAAUAAAGCUGAUGCCAGUGGGAGGAUGGCAAAAGCUGUAUCAAAGAGAUGGAAACCGAAAGAUAUCUGUAAUCUCUUAGAAUGCCGUGAAAAUACAAAUACCAAUUUAAAGGAUCACAUAAUAGAAAUCACUGGAUCACAAGUCAAUAACAAAGAUAGGAACAGUACAAGCCAAAUAAGAAGAAAUAAGGGCCACCGAUUUGCAAAAUCUCAGCUUUCUGAAAUAGAAAACGACAGUCGUUUGAACAGUAACAAUGGCAAAUUCUUGAAAUCGACUAACAAAAGAGUUGCAAUUCACAUGCAUUUACAAGAGACGAAUGCAUCAUGGGAACAGCUGGGGAAGCUAAUUAUCCUACCUGAGUCCUUGGAAGAGCUCCUCAGAAUCGGUGGUGAGUCUUGUUUAUUCUCUUCAAAGUAUUUCAUUACAAAUCUGGACACUCCACCAGAGAGGAACUUUGCUUAUUUUAAAAACUCAUACCUAAGCACAUUCACAUUCAGAAAAAGUAAAGAAAAGAACAAUAAAACAGCUUGAAAUUCUAAAAAUUUCAAUGCUUGAACUGGGAUUUAUUACAUGAUAAAAUUGAAAGUUUGCUUAUACUCUCUUCAUGAGCCAUGUCCAAUAUUGCGAAAUUGCAGGUCAGAAGUUUGUGGGCCGCCAUCCUACAAAAGUGGUCAAUGGAGAGAAUGCAGAAAUAGACGACAUUAGUGUUGUCAAGGACGGAGAUCAUCUGUUUCUCCUCGAAAAUGAGCAUGAAAUUACAAGCGAUGCGACAUA